AUGUAAAUUCUACGUGUGGAUGAGUUUAGUGACUUUUUGGAAAAGACACUUAAUUUGAAAGCUGAUUGUUAUUUGGCUUCCUUAUUCAAAUAAUUUGGCCGCUUCUUCAAUAUAGCAAAAAGAAUGAUUGAGUUGCUGAUUGAAUUAGAUAAACAUUUUGAAUAGGAAAAUAGAUCGCGCACUUUAAUUAAUAAUGCCAUUGCUUUAUUGAAUCAAUUUUUCAUAGAGCAUGUAUCAUUUGUUUAAUGGAGUUAUUGUGAAUAAUUUAUUGUUUAGGGUAAUGAAAGGAUUACUUAAAUCAGAGCUAAUAUUCAUCCUAUAUUUCAUUAAUUCGAUCAAACAAAGAUCAAGAAAUCUUUAUGUGAAGUGUUGUUGAAUCUACAAGAGAAGAAUACACAACUAUUAUAAUAGAUGACAUUAUUAUCCAAUGAAGUAAAUCUCCAUUAAAUCAUACUCAAAUAGAAAGAAGAACAAUAUAAGAAAUUUAAUGAUAACAUUGAAUACAUCAAACAAUACAAACAGACAGAAGAUUCUGAAUUUAAGAAGUAUUUUGCAUUAUUCAUCAAAUUAUAACCACUUUAAUAAUCAAAGAUUCUGUAUGAGUUGUACAAAACCAUUUUAUUGUGUCUAAUCAAUUGUUCUAAUUUGCUAUGCCUCUUAGAAGUUCCAAUUGAGAAUUCCAAGAUGGUCAAAUAAAUAGGCAAAAAGAAUCUAAAGGGUAACACACAUGAAGUGCAAUUGCUGAUGAAAUAUAGUCAGAUCCUUGUCAAUAAAGAGUAGAUUUGGAAUACAUUGAAUAAGUAGCAUUACGAGGACUUGGCUGAAACUAUUAAAUUAUUAGAGAAAUAGAUAUUCUACAAAUAACCAAAUGACCCUUUUGUAAUACAGUGUAAUCUGGGAGAAUUAAGAUCCAUAUUGUCAAAAAAGGAAAAUCUUAUGUAUCAAUUAUCCAACUAAUUCAAAAAACCAGAAGUGCUGUAGGAGUGGAAUACAAUGUAACCAUUAGGAUUAAUCACACUAUAACAGUUAUAGGAAAUAGCUGGAUAGUUCUUUGGUCAUUUGAGUACUUUUGUGAGAGUCACUUAAGUGUAUUAGAAUACAAAAUAGGAGAUAUCUAAGUUCUUUGAUUAGAACUUUGGAUAAAUUGUUUAAUUAGAAUGUAAUGAAUUUGAUUAUUUGAUUAUUUGA